GGCGUCUACGGCUUGUCCUUUUGCGAAUUGAAGCCUCACGUUAUAUAGCUAGAACCGCGCCGGAGUUAACUCUAAUUCCGUUUUUUUACGGAUGGUGCACUUCUCCGUGGAGCUUCUGUUAAAUAGUCAUUGCUUUGGUUGUCAAAAAGGACAUAACGUUUUCGAUUUCCUCGAGGGUAUCAUGCUGAAUACCGAGGAAAGUUCUUUGUUAGUGGGCUCCAGGUUCCACUGCUCCAGGCACCAGGCUCCGGGGCCUCUGUGGUGCUCCGAUGCCCCUCACCCACACUUGAAGAUCCCGGGUGGGCGAGGGACUGGCAGGGAUCACUCUCUCGGCCUGUUACUACACAAGGACGAGAGGCUUACGGUGACGCGGGCAGCUCCUGUCAAUGGGACACCAGCCAUCCUGCACUUCCACUACCAACUGAGCGAGUGCCGCACGGCCUGCUGGGAAACAGCCCUCUCCUCGGACAGCCUCUUUCUGGAGAUCCCCGCUGGGGCGCUGGCGGAGGGCAGCAAAGAGGGGCUCACCAGCCUGCUGGAGUUUGCUGAGGAGAAGCUGAAAGUCAACUACGUGUUCUUGUGGUUCGAUAGAGCCAGAGAGGAUCGAUUAUCCAUCAUAAAGACUUUCCACUACAUGGGCUUUGAGGUGGUGAAACCCGGCAACCCUCUGGUGCCGGCUCGGACAGACCUCAUCUUCAUGGUCUACUCUCUGGAAAACAGCAGCUCCGAUGAGGAGUGAAUGAAACAUUGUAACACCGGACCACCCUGCCGCUCCCUAGCCCACCCAUGACCCCCACAGAACCCCUCCCGCCAGCUGCCUUCAUCCCUGUCCCCCAUCCUCAAACUGUGUGCCCCCUCCCUAACCCCAAAGAUACUCUUCCACCCAAACCUCUACCCUUCUCAUUGAUUGGGUUGUCACACUUUUGUAGACUCUAUUAUAAGAGGGGUGUGCUGCUUGGGGAUGCUAAGAUCUCUGUGGUGAUACAUCUUCCCCUGAUGAGCACAGCGGUGGAGCAUGGAAGGGCGGAGCUUGGACCGAGUCAUCACCCGAUUGGUUCAGAUUUUACUAAUCGCCCCACCGAUGGGCUCCACUCCAUGCCAGGCUUUACAUGCCUGCCCACAACAAUCCAACAGGGUGACUUUUUGGCUGGAAGAAAAAGCAUAUCUAUACUCUGACAGCUUGCACGGAAUAUCAAAGAGCCUGACUUGGGUCUUUUAAUGUACAGCAGUUUCUAUACAAAGCAGGGCUUGUUUAGUAGGGACAGCAAUGUAAUGGGUAGCAUAAGGGAAUUAUCUUAAGGGGAUAUUUGCCUGUGUAUGGUUGGGUCAACAUGAAUUAAUUAAUUGUUCUGCUUGUAUUUUUUCUAUGAUAGGGACAAGUAUAACACUGAUCUUUCGGUUACAAUUGCAUUCAUUCUAUAACAUAUAUAUUUUUUCUCAAACUUUUGGGUAUAUUAAGUCAUCAUUCCUACUUUUGCGUCACUAGCUAUGAUCUUUCAGCUUACGGUUUUCUUAUUUUCUUAUCAGAUUAUAGUUAGCGUGAUGUUAGUCUCGUCUGAUAUUUGAAAGCUGAGCGAAGGUUGUUGUUUUGAAUGUUGGGUCAGGGCAAUCUAGUUCACAGCUCUCUGCAGCAAUGACGUGCGUUCCCCUCACUUGAGGUCGCUCAGCUACGCAAUGAGCCUGUGAAACUAACAACACCUGAAUUAUUGAGCCAGUAGAGGUACAUCGAGAAGAGUGGAAGAGCAUUAAACAUAAAUGUUGUAAUCCAUUCUCACUCGGCACAUAAGUCACCACAUAGACAUGGCUAGACUUAGCCCUCAACAUAAGUCACCACAUAGACAUGGCUAGACUUAGCCCUCAACAUAAGUCACCACAUAGACAUGGCUAGACUUAGCCCUCAACAUAAGUCACCACAUAGACAUGGCUAGACUUAGCCCUCAACAUAAGUCACCACAUAGACAUGGCUAGACUUAGCCCUCAACAUAAGUCACCACAUAGACAUGGCUAGACUUAGCCCUCAACAUAAGUCACCACAUAGACAUGGCUAGACUUAGCCCUCAACAUAAGUCACCACAUAGACAUGGCUAGACUUAGCCCUCAACAUAAGUCACCACAUAGACAUGGCUAGACUUAGCCCUCAACAUAAGUCACCACAUAGACAUGGCUAGACUUAGCCCUCAACAUAAGUCACCACAUAGACAUGGCUAGACUUAGCCCUCAACAUAAGUCACCACAUAGACAUGGCUAGACUUAGCCCUCAACAUAAGUCACCACAUAGACAUGGCUAGACUUAGCCCUCAACAUAAGUCACCACAUAGACAUGGCUAGACUUAGCCCUCAACAUAAGUCACCACAUAGACAUGGCUAGACUUAGCCCUCAACAUAAGUCACCACAUAGACAUGGCUAGACUUAGCCCUCAUCAUUUUGCAAAUACAUUGAAGCGAUAUAAGAAUGGGCUGAGACAGCUUUUCCUGGUUUCAAUCCCAGUUAGAACUGUAUACGAAGAUAUUCAUUUGAUCAACCAGAGCCCUUUUGUACUAGUAGUACCACCCCCAACAACACCUCUGCGCAGUUGAAACUAUUUUGAGAGGGUUGUGGUGGGGCCUUUUCCGCCUAAGAAAAGAGUGCAAUGUUCUGUUUUACACUUCAGUCUUACUGUAUAAUGUUCCCCAUUUCCCACAUUCAUCCCUAGCUACCCAAAGCAAUGUGGCAAAAAGGAAACCAACCCAUGAAGGGAAAAGUCACAACACAAGCACUUUUGGUAGACACGUAAAAUCGAGUGGAACUGCAUUAGGGUCCAUUACGGAGAUGUGGCCAGCGCCUUCUAUUUUGUUUUGCCGUGCAAACCAGACAGAAUUGCCAAAGAAAUAGUUAAAAAGUUCCAGUCAACAGUAAUCCUAUAGGACACUGGCUUAAUUUUCUCUCUCUCACUAACAAGAUCCCUAAAACAGUGCUAGGGUGACCUGGUUUGUUCAGGAAAGCAGUAUACAAAUAUAUUCCCCUACCAAUAGCAUUUUGUCUCAGAGGAACAUGGUCAAGAGAGAUCUGUGCUUGGGAUCCUAUGUGCAGGGCGCUUUCAUUUUUGCAUGUGUGUAGAUGUCUUCAUAGAUGGGUUAGAUGAUGUCACGAAAACUAUACACACACUUCAAAAUGGGGCAGAAGUCCAUGAGUUGUGAUUCUGAUUGGACAGAUAUCUACCAACAAUGACAAGAAUCUGCCAUGUGGGGAAUCGUAAAUGACUCAUUUUAGCUAGUUUCAUCAUGUUCUUGAUACUAUGUCUUGUUUUGACUGAUUUCAUGUCAAUGCUUAUGGCAAAAUUUUGCUAGCUAGCUAACCAACCAACAACUGUAAAGAUGUAUUUGAGAGACAAGUGUUCAUCAUGCAAAUGCAUUUAUGAUUUCAAUAAACAUUGAAGAAAUAUAGUUUACAAGUCAACCCAGUCAGUUUUGCCCCAUAGUUGCGCACGCGUCAGUUGUGUUGCUAAACAACCAACCCGUCUAUAGCUGUUGAAUGAGCAGUGACGAAAAAUGUCUAUUCAUCUUCAGAGUUAUAUUUUGAUGUAUCUUUCUUUGUUGAUUGUUUCUUAUAGCCUAGUUUAGUUGUUUUGUUUACAGUGGCAUACAGAGAAUCAUGAAAUGGUAAUCCAUACUUGUAUACCUUUUAACUUCUUCUGUGCGGAAAAAAAAUAAAAUUGUUUUAAUCUA